AUGCCCCCCUCCCCGGCACGAACAACAACCCUCAUCGACAACCUCUUCUCCGUAAGAUCCCUCAUCAAUUCCGCAACAUCCAAGGCGUCCCUCUCAAAACAGCCACGCCUUGUCGCCGUCUCAAAGCUCAAGCCCGCGUCCGACAUCCUUGCGCUCCAUGAAUCCUCAGCCGCCCAUAUGCACUUCGGCGAGAACUAUCUCCAAGAACUACAAGAGAAGGCGCGGUUACUUCCGAAAAGUAUCAAAUGGCACUUCAUCGGCGGACUCCAGUCGAACAAGGCUCUUUCACUGGCGAGGGAUACACGCGCGCUCUGGGCGGUUGAGAGCGUAGACAGCGAAAAGAAGGCAUCACUACUGGAUAAGGGAUGGGGGCAACGCAAGCCAGAGAUGGGCGGGGAGGAGAAGCUGAGGGUCUUUGUGCAGGUCAACACGUCCGGCGAGGAGAGUAAGAGUGGGGUCGAUCCCAAUGGGGAAGCCGUGGGACUGUGCCGGUUUAUUCUGGACCAGUGUCCGCGGCUGCGGCUGCAGGGUUUGAUGACGAUUGGAGCUAUCGCAAGGUCGAAGGCCACGACGCCCGAUAAUGAGAACGAGGAUUUCAUUUGCUUACGGGAAGCAAGGGAUCGGGUCGUUGCGGAGCUGGGGUUGGAGGGGGCCCAGUUAGAGUUAUCUAUGGGAAUGAGUUCGGAUUUCGAGGGCGCGGUCGCAAUGGGUUCCAAUGAAAUUCGUGUUGGGACGACCAUCUUCGGGGGGAGGCCGCCCAAAAGCCCAUAG